GAAGUGAUUAAUGAAAAAGCAAACAUUAAAUUAAAAAAGAAACAGCGAAGUUUGCGUGUAUGUUUCAUAUUUGUGUGAUGUAUUAACGUAAAUAGGCUUGAUGGAAUAUAUGUUGAGGUGGGCUGUGACAGAGGCAUCUGAAUAGAGAUGGAAGGAAAUACGGAGGAAAAUGAGAAUGAUAAAGAAGUGAUCAGAUUAGAGAGGGAAUCUGUAAUUCCAGUACUCAAGCCCAGGCUUGUUAUGACCUUGGCCAAUCUCAUUAAACUUGGUGCUGACAGGGCUGAAUUUUUGAAGCUCUGCAAAAGAAUCGAGUACACUGUUCGAGCAUGGUACCUUCUACAAUUCGAGGACUUAAUGCAACUCUACUCUCUCUUUGAUCCUGAUAGUGGAGCUCAGACAUUGGAGCAGCAGAGCCUAUCUCCGGAAGAGAUCCAAAUUCUUGAACAGAACUUCCUGUCCUAUUUGUUUCAGGUUAUGGAGAAAAGCAACUUCAAGGUAACUACUGAUGAAGAGGUUGAUGUUGCACAUGCAGGACAAUAUCUUCUCAACCUUCCAAUAGCAGUUGAUGAGACAAAGCUGGACACGAAGCUUUUUGCUAGGUACUUUGCAGAACAUCCGCAAGAACACCUUCCAGAUUUUGUUGAUAAGUACAUAAUCUUUCGACGAGGAAAUGGAAUUGACAAGACAAAUGAUUUUUUUUAUAUGGAAAAAGUGGAUAUGCUCAUUGCACGUAUAUGGGCAUGGUUUAUGAGACUGACAAGGUUAGACAGAUUGAUAAAGUCGCCUAAACGUCCAAAGAAACCCCGUCACAAAAAUCCCCCCAAAGAAGAAGAUGAUAUGCAAACUGAAGAAGAGCGAGCUGAUUAUGUUGAACGAAUCCGCCUCGAAAAUAUGGAAAUCAGUUUAAGCAAUCUGGUAAACAAGAUAACAAUCCAGGAACCUACCUUCGAUAAGAUAAUCGUUGUUUACAGACUAGCCAGUACCCAGACUAAACCGGAUCGUGGAAUUUAUGUGAAGCACUUCAAACAUAUCCCAAUGGCGGACAUGGAGAUAGUCCUGCCAGAAAAGAAAAAUCCAAGUUUGACUCCAAUGGACUGGGUUUCAUUCCUUGGUUCCGCUAUAGUUGGGCUGGUAGCUGUGGUUGGUUCUUUAGAAAUGCCUAAAGCUGACCUUUGGGUCAUUUUUGCCAUCCUCUCUACAGUAAUUGGUUACUGCGCCAAGAUAUACUUGACGUUUCAGGCAAAUAUGGCUGCAUACCAGAACCUGAUAACAAAAUCUAUGUACGACAAACAACUUGAUAGUGGAAAGGGCACUCUUCUUCACCUAUGUGAUGAUGUGGUUCAGCAGGAAGUAAAGGAAGUCAUCAUCUCGUACUUUAUACUAAUGGAACAAGGCAAAGCUACUCUUGAGGAUCUUGACAUGCGAUGUGAGCAACUAAUUAAAGAAGAAUUUGGUGUGAGCUGCAAUUUUGAUGUAGACGAUGCUGUCGGAAAACUGGAAAAGUUGGGCAUAGUUUCUCGGGACACCAUUGGAAGAUUUUAUUGUGUGUCACUUAAGCGGGCUAACGACAUUAUUGGGAUGACAACUGAGGAGCUUGUAAUAAAGGCAAAAUUGGGAACAGAUGCUUCUUAAAGAUCCAGGGGAAGUUUACUCUGCUUCUCUUCAAUGCCAUCUUGGUGCAUUGAACCUCGCAAAUUUGUUGUUUGCAAGGUUUCAUAUCAAAAUUUCAUUUUAGGAAUUAUAGCCAUAUCUUUUGAUAAACAAUAUAAGUCGUUUCAUUAGUGUUAAAUAUAAUAGAUCUGGUGCAUCCAAAUAUGAAGGAAACAAGAAAGAGUUGCCCCCCCCCCCGGAAGACUUGGGCUUU